AUGGAGGGGGGUAUUCAGCAUGCGCAUUUUGAGCUUGAGCGCAGUGAGCUGAGCCUCCACUUCACCGGGUCGGGGUGUAUUGUCCUCGUUGAUGGCGCGGCCUCCGUCUACGGCGCCCCCCUGAAGCGGAAUGUGCGUUAUAACUUCUCUCAGUGUGGUAUACCGGUGGCGUCUCCACUGACGUGUCGUGUGCAUGUGGAGGGAGACUUCACGGCCACGGUCGAUCUCCUUAGCUCUGCGAUUGACGAUCUACACGCCGUGUUGGAUCUUGCACGGACGGAGGCCAUUAUGGGCAAUGAUGUGUCGCGCGACACCCACGACGAGGGGCUACGAGGACCUCGUGUUCUCGUCAUUGGGAAUCAAAAUACCGGUAAAAGUAGCCUCUGUCGAGCUCUUGCGAAUUUGGCAACCACCGAUGGGAAAUUUUGUGUUGCACUUGUCGACGCAGAUGUCGGACAGCAAGGCAUCGCUUGUUCGGGUAGUAUUGCCACUGCAUUUAUAGAACACUACAUACCCGUGGAUGAUGGAUUCAACACUAUGAUGCCCUUGGCCUUUUUCUUUGGUGACAAAAGCGUCAAUGCGUCUUCGCGAAAACGGUACUUGGACAUCUGUGCCUCUACCGCGCAGGCCAUUGCCUCAGUCUGUAUCUCGAAACCCCAGUACGCAGUAGGCGGAAUCAUAGUGAAUACAAUGGGGUGGACCACAGGCAUUGGGCGAGACGUCCUAUUCGAACUGGUUUCGGUCUUCUCCAUCACGCACGUGGUUGUCUGCGGGUCGGAGGAGGAUCUCGCGGAGGAAGUACGGAAGGCUGUGGUGGGCCGCAGCAUCACACUUCUCAGGUAUCCAAGGCAGCCGCACUUGUUUGAGCGCGGACCAUCACAGCUCAGUGAGUCACGCGUGACGCAGUUGGUGACUUAUUUUAAAGGCACACUACGAACGCCCUUGUCACCCUACCGGGGUGUUGCCUUUGUAAAGGAUGUGCAGUUUCUCAAUGCGCUGACCCUUGAGGUGAUUUCCUGGCAGGAGGUGGCGCCGUUGAGUUUGGCUGCCGUUUCCUGGUCGGAUUCUCUGGAGUCUGUGGAUGAGGCUAACAUUGCUGGCUUUAUAGUCCUACUAGAGAUUGGAAAGAAGUUUUUUUCGUUUCUUUCUCCCGCGUCGGGGAGUCUUCCAAAGCCGUUCCUGUUGGUUUCCCCCACCAUUAAACUUCCGCUGUCGAAGGUGCCGCCGUUCACUGCCCCCUGA